AUGGAAACAAAAGAUUUCUCACCAUGCUGUGCAGGCACAACAUUCGCUAACGAAAUGGCUAUGGCCUCUCCAUUCCCUUCAUUGAAGCAUGCAAUUACGGUUGCCAGAGACAUAUGGUCCCGUAAGUUGAAUGUUAGGUCUUGGUUGGAGGCUAUAUCAGGACGAUCUUGUUCUAAUGAAUACUUGGAAAUGGCGAACGAAGCUACUAUGCAGGAACUUCAUGAAUGGGGAUCAAUGUAUGAGGAGAAAUUUGGGUAUGUUUUUGUGACAUUUGUAGCCUGUAGGACCUCUAAAGACAUACUUACUGAAUUAAAGAUGCGCUUUAGUAACAUGCAUGUUGUUGAGUUGGAGAUUGCUUUAAAAGAGGAAUUAAAAUAUAUAGAACGUUCUAUUAGAGAGCUUUUUUCCAAGAAAUCUGUCCAAACUACCGACGAAGGAGAUGUGUCAGCUGAAUAUUCAGGCAAAAUAGUUGAUGACACUCUAGAUGGGGCAGACACUGAUUUAGAAGACAAUUUAGACGCUAUCUCCUCCGGUGGAUAUGACAUCUCCAGGAAUGUUGAGUUCAAUAAGGUUCCAGAAGAAGACAAUGAAACUUUAUACACCCAACAUAGAUAA